CAAACCCCUCCUUGCGAAGUCAGAUUGUUCUAGCUUAACAUAGCAAAGCAAUUUUUAACUGUCACCAAUGGCAGGUUCAUCCAAGCCAGACGAGCAGCAUGAGGGGAGACGCUCUGUUAAAAUUCCAGAUUUAUUUUCUUCUAUAAUGGCCCCCAAACCAGUAGUUAACCCAAACUAUUCCAAGGUCAAAGCCGAAGGUGAUGAAUGGAUUGCAAGGAUUAUGAAAAUGGACGAGAAAACAAGCGCCAAGAACAAAAGAGCAGACUUAUGCUAUCUUUGUUCUUUAUGGGCGCCAGAUGCUGACGCAGAAUCGUUACGGGUGAUGCUUGAUUGGUGCCACUGGGUAUUCGUAUUUGAUGAUCAGUUCGAUGAAGGUCACUUGAAGGAUGAUCCCGUUGCAGCGCAGGAAGAGAUAAACGAGAACAUGGCUAUCAUGGACGAAAAUGCGCAACUAAUAGAUCCAUGGGAAAACCCAAUCAGAUACGUCUUCCAGGUUUGCUGGUUAUGGCUGAAGCAAAGGGCAACUCCAGAAUUACAGCAACGUUACAAGGAGCAACACAAAGAAUACUUCGAUCAAAUAGUAGCACAAGUCCAACAAGCAGCCAAGGAAGAGCUCCUAAGCCGCGAUGUGCAGACAUAUCUAGAGGUCCGUAGGGGGACUAUUGGGGUCUACCCUAUUAUCCCCCUCGCACAAUAUAGCCAAGGAAUUGAGCUUCCAGAAAGCAUUUUCUCUAACCGCUCUCUGCAAGAAAUUAUUCGAUUAUCGGCGGAGAUCACGUUUAUGACUAACGACAUUCUGUCAUAUCGGAGAGAUCUAGAGUUAGGUGUUGACCAUAAUUUGAUCCCGCUCCUCGAGAAGCAGGGUAUGUCUGUCCAACAGUCUAUCGACAAAAUCGGUGCCAUGAUUAGCGACCGUUGUAAACGUUGGUACACUACGCUUGCCGAACUGCCUUCCUAUGGCGAAAAUGUAGAUAGGGAGGUGCUCCUUUUUGUUGAGCUUUGCCGUAACAUUGCCCUUGGAAAUUUGCACUGGAGCUUCAAGACAUGCCGAUAUUUUGAUUCAGAGGAGGAGAGCAAUGAUAUCCACCAGUCAAGAAUAAUACAUCUUUCAUCUUGAAAAUGUCUUCGUUUGGGCACAAGGUUACUCACGCCCUUACUUUGUUGAUGCCUACUACGAUAAAUUCCAAUAAGUCAAGGACCUGUAUUGAGGGACGUUCUGCAAGGUAUCUAAAUUGGUGAACACCAUACUUGCGUUAAACCCCGGAGAUUGCAACGAGCCCCCCAUUGUUAAGGACAACUAUAGAGUUAUCAACUAGCCCUAUGCAUG